UCGCACUUCAACUCCGCACCAUCAAUUUCCCAAACGCGGCCGGCCUCAUUUUGAGUGGAUGACGUCACGUCGAUGUAAUGACGUCAUACUGCUAGCCGCGCUUCCACGCGCGAAAUACCGCAAACGAUAAAGAUAAUCAUGACGAAGGCAUAUGUUUUUAUUUAACAGUCCGUGGGUUGCAUAAACGAUCGGGAUCGGUCGAGCAGUCACCAAUUCCAUCCUUGGUUGCGCAGGAAUCGGUAGAAGUAUUAAAGGAGACAGAAUUAAGAGAAGUAGUUUCAGAAAUUUUGGCAGCAAGGGGCAAUGAGAGGAACGGAGGUUGUGUUACCGGGUAACGGCGCGAUGGCAACCGGCGAUGCGGUGCUGGCUACGGACUCUCUGCACCAUAUGGGACCGGUGUAUAUCGCGGAUUCCAUCAGGAAAACACGCCGCAGAAAGGGCGGGUUGGAGUACCUAGUAAAAUGGAAAGGAUGGCCCACAAAAUUCAACACUUGGGAACCCGAGGAGAACAUUUUGGAUGUGACACUGAUCAAACUGUUCCAGCAACGAAAAGAAAGGGCUCGACAGCGUAAACUCAACGUGCGGCGUGGGACGUGCCACGGGGGCCGAUCUGCGGGCGAACGCCCACAGCAUGCGGUGAUGCUCAAGGAUGGUAAGAGAUGCUACGCUACUAAGAAGGAUCGGACGGGAAGUAAAUCACGCGGUUCCAUCACCCAAUCACAGCCAUCACCUCAUCGACACGAGACUGCGACCGCUUCGUCUCCACGCUGUCACUCAACCUCCAAAACUGACACCUAUCUAUCCACUACCGUCCAUCAGCAACGAGUACCCGACACUAUCAGCGCGACCACCGAGCGGAAAACGGAAGACAGCGACCGGGAAAACGCCAACACGGCCCCACGGCAGCUGGACUGCCUGCGAGGGAUCAAGUUUAAACUUGGCUGGCGGUACAACGACAGGCCGACAAGUACGGGCGAACUCGCACGGCCCGUCAUCACCAGCGCGCCCUUCACCAGGCAUGACGUCAAUGCCUUGACUUCGCCUGCCUCCGGGACCAAUAUCUCGGCGGUAAUUCCUCCCUUCCUCCUGAGGGACUCGCAUCAGGAGGCAACGAGAUCGGAUUAUACGCAGAUCGGGAGAAUAACUCCUGCAAAACCGGCUUCGGGCUGUAUCGGCAAGAGAGUGAAUCUGGCCUCUCGCGAGAUAACACAAUUAGAGGAUGGCCUCAAGUUUACCGAUAGUCAAUCGGAUGGUUCGAGGCGCGAAACGUCAAUACGCGGAUCGCCAUCGGACGAUAUCUGUCAGUUGGCGGGAAAUGUUCCCGCCAUUGCAACAGACGGCGCCAGCAAUUGCGGAUGUUUCCGGACAGAUGUGUGGAAUGACGUCAAUACAGAACGGAGGGAAGCACGUGAAAAUAUUGAUUUGAGAAGCGAUUCUGUUGACGAAGUCGACAAUAACAACAGUUGGUCAAGUUGUACAGGACGCACAGAAAAGGGAAUCGGAAUGAUACUGCUGAGAGAACACAAUGUUUGGAAUGUCAAAAGUCAAACAUACUGAAUGGAACUUUAAAUAUGACAGCAAUGGAAUGAUCUAUAGAAUUAGCACCCCCCCCCCAAAAAAAAAAAACCUGCAGUAAAUUUCAUUUGCUCAUUACACAAAGAAAACAGCAUGAAUAUUUAUUCAGAACAUUACCAAACGGACUGCUAAAAGAACUUGCCUGAUGUAUUCACACCAAACAAACAUUAAAAAGCAGCCUGCCCUUUUGAAAUGUUCAUAGUUAUUAAGAUCAUUUGGUACUUACGUCUGUUUCAAUAAUCUACUAAGUAAAAGUUAUGUGCAAAACAUAUGUUUUUCGUCACCGUUUUCACUAAGAGCCACAUACAUGUAUGUGGCAAUAA